CCGAGGGGAAACGACGUCGUUGACGUCGCUCUUGAGAAUAACAUUAUACUGGUCUUUUAAACUCUGCCAAAAAAAAAAAAGUAGCACAAGAGAGGAGGUGCGCAAUGAUUUCUACAUAACGAACCAUGAGUAAACAGUUGUGCUAACACUGUGCACGUUAAUAUUGCUGUUGUUUGUGUUGUGUUAUUUUGUUGCUCCGUUUUAUCGCAUCUACAUUCUACAUAUAUAUAUGUAUACAUUGUCAUUCUCCUCCGACUCCGAAACUGUCAAUCGCCGAGAGUGGGGAAACAAACCAGCCCAGCAGCAGCAGCAGAGUUUUCAGUUCAGUUCGGAGUUUUUCGGAGCAGUUGCAAACGUUCACCCGUUCACUGCUUAUAGAGUUUGUUAUAAUCUCAUUCCACUCGUCUCCUCGCAUCUAACAUCGGUUGGUGUCAUUAUAUAUUGUGUUAUUGUGUACCGUGUGUAUGUGAGUGUGCAUAUACGUGAACUUUAGUGGGCGGAUUUCAACAACGUCGACGACGAUGUUGCACGCAAUUUUAAUAUCGGGUUCAAUUGCACCAGCAGUUGUUGAGCUAGUUCAACACGAUAGCUGAUAAACUGCACAUGUAGAUAUGUAUAACAAAAAAUACGCCUCCCAAAGAGGAUACGUCUAACUGCUCACAUACGCCUACUUGACUCCUUGAAGCUAGAGAACACGCACCACUGUAUAUCGGUCUCUUUUAGUAUUUUAUUCUUACUCUUUUUAUAUACUUCCUAUUUUAUUUGGCGUUUUUUUCAUUUUGGAGCGCGUGUGCGAUAAGUGUAGUGAUAUGUAUGUUAAGUGGUCAGAAAAGAUAAAUAAUAUACCUAACACGAUGUGCAGUGAUUGUAUAUAACAGAUAGGAAGCUCACUGCGAGCGUGUAUAUUCAUUUUAUUGCGAACAAGAUAAGAGCUCAGUGUGCAAUCAACGUUUGUUUUUUGUUUAUUUUACUUUUUACUCCAAAAAGUGUAGGAUAAAAUAUGUACAAUGUUCUUUUGAACCACACUGUGAUAUUAACGAGUAAUUUUUGUGCGUCAAAUAAUGUGCUCACUUGUGUGUUUAACAUAAGUAAAUAUUAAUACACUCGUGUCAAUGUGUCUCAAACAAGGAGAGACAAAUUAUAGAGGUGCGUAUGACGUAAAUUGCUUUCAUCGAAUCCUGGACGUCAUUUAAAUAUCAAGAGAUAUUUUGCAAAAAAAAAAAAAAAACAACAAAAAACAGCGAGGAAGAUUUCAACCGAAAGGAACACCUAUUUACCUGUACAGUAUUUUUAUGUGUCAUCUUGGUUGAUUCAUAAACGGUUUUUUAAUUUUGCCGUCGUUCUUCUUGUCAAGACCAAAGUGAACCAAGAAAGAAAGAAACUUUUUCUCGAAUUUCUACAUCUUUUUCCAAUUUACAUUCAACUCCGUCAAAAAUUGAAGAAAAAAAAGAAAGUUGGAGACGCAGUGACGUCCUCUACCUGUUUGUUUUUUACCAAAACAUAAUAUAGACACACCAGAACUGACCACGAGGAAGCGGAACUAAUAAUAAUAUUCAAAUAUUAUAUACACAUCGAGAGUUUUGUAUUCGACGAACCAACAACGUUUCCUUUGCGACAGUAUCAUAUACAUAGUUACGCCAACGAUAAUCAUUUUAACACCCAUCAACGACGACCAAGGCAAGAGAGAAAAGUACUUAUAACUUAUAAGGAAUAAUGGAUCUGCUCACGGAGAUGAGGAUACCGACGCGAGCGGCUCCGAGGCCGCCGGUCGAUAAUAACGCAGCCACUGCCGCACAACAGAGGAGCAACAAUCCCAACUCCCGAGUCUGGGGCAACAGUAACGAUCUCUUUGGUGUUCCUCUGCAAGCGCCGCAAAAGAAAAAACCACCUCCUCGGCCGCCACCUCCGAAAUUCACCCCCAAGUAUCAAGCACACAAUCAAGAGAAACCAAAGAAACCGGCGAGGCCAACGGAGCUCCUCUCGAAUCUCUUCGGCAGAACAAAAACCAGCAAGCACCAGCAAUCGAUGAUCGGCUCAUCGUCCUCCAGCAUCAUCGGCAACAACACUCGGACCCACACGAACUUUACCAGAACUAGUAAUUUCACCAGCAGCAGUUUGGCCUUUCCGUCGUACAAGUCGAACGGCCACCACGAGGGUGCCACAACAACGACGAGCUUCGCCCUGAUAGAUCUGAGUCCGCCGGGCUCCCCGACCUUUACCACCCGGUCGUCCAGCGACGGUGUCAGCGUCGACAGCUUCGGCAGCGACGGCAACUCCAAUCCCUCGGCUUUUACCACGAGCAGCGGGAGCACCUCGCAGACCGAAAGCGCCUUCGAGGAUGACUUUGACUUUUUCGGCAACCUGGCCGCCCACGGCAGGAAGAAACAACAGUCCCAGGCCGUCGACCCUUGGCGCGUCAGCUCCAGCCAGGAUCCCUUCGGCUCGCUCGAGCCCCCGAGCUGCAAGCCGAUCAUUCAGCAGUGGCCUACAACGGCGACGUCGAGUCAGCAGUUCCCCUGUACCAAAGAGGUCGGGGAAUCAAACUUUUUCGCCUUCAACGACGCCACCACGUCGACGACAGGGAGUAGCAACGCGAGCGGUAGCCCCUUCGACUCUCCCGGUCGGCACUUCCAAAUGCCUACGAUAAUUUGGCCAAAGAAAACGACGACGACUAAGAACGUCAGUGGGGCAAAGCCGAGCGUCUACCAGAGCAAUAAUUACAGCGGUGCACCCAAAUUCGCGCCCGCCGUUGGUACUUUUGAGGAAGAAAAGCCGUCUUGGAGCGACGAUGACGACGAUGAAACGGAACCUACGGGCUCAUCACCACCGAUGCCCAAGUUACCACCACCACCACCUCCGCCUUUGGAAUGCACGGAUGAUUUGGGAACUGGACUGCAGGACACGACGGAACAUUCCUACGGCGUAGCGUUGUAUGAUUUUCCAGCGUCGCAGCCUGGUGAUUUAGAUUUGAAGGAGGGUGACAUUGUUUAUUUAACGAAGCUGAUCAACGACAAUUGGAUGGAGGGUCGAGUGAACAACCGUGAGGGGAUGUUUCCCAUUAACUUUGUCGACGUUAAGAUUCCCCUGCCGGGUUUAGAGACGAAUGUGGUCAAUGCGCUUUACGCCUUCAAAGCCGAGACGAGUGACGAUUUGUCCUUUGAGGAAGGAGCGAGUAUCAAGGUAUUAUCGAGGAUAUCGGAUGACUGGCUGUAUGGAGAAUAUAAGGGCAAAAGGGGACAGUUUCCUUCCAGUUUCGUCAACAAAGUACCAAAUGAUCUCCCGAACCAUUUAUGAAAUUUUAUCAUCCAAAUGUUUAUGAUCUGAGUUAAGAGUUUAACAACUGAGGUAAAGCACUGUUUUUUUCGCUUCGUCAUUAAAGCAUGCCGAUUUUGUAAGUGUCAAUUGGCGAGCAAAACGAGCGAGACCACGAAAGUAUGUUUGUAUAAAAAAAAAAUUUAUAAUAGCUAAGGUCAAUGUUUAAAAAAUAUAUUAUUACUAAAGUACUGCACUACAUGAAUUGACAAAAAAAAACAAAAAAAAAAAAAUAGUUACAUUCACUGGCAAGAAAGUACUGAACACUGCUCAAUUGUAAAUAUUAAAUUCGCAUUAAAAGCCUAAAAUUUUUCUGGAUGAAAGUAAGAAUCGAUCAAUUAUCCGAAAACAUUGUGAAAAAUUUAUGAAAUUGGCUUAAUUUUUUAGUUGAUUUGGUUAUUUUUAAUCAGUUGAGAACUCUUUUUUUAGUUAGAUGAAAAAAUU